AUGUCCAUCCCCACAGAAACGGCAGAACGCCAAGAAGACGCCUACUUCUCCUCGCAACCGCCCCCCAAAAACCUCGAGUCCCACGUCUCCGCCGCCCGCUCCUUCAUAAACAAUCACGCCGCCGCCUCCCGACGCGUCGUGCUCGUCACCUCGGGUGGCACCACCGUGCCUCUCGAGAAGCAGACGGUCCGCUUCAUCGACAACUUCUCCGCCGGCACCCGCGGCGCCACCUCGGCAGAGUACUUUCUCGAGGCCGGCUACGCCGUCAUCUUCCUCCAUCGACAGUUCUCCCUCCAACCUUACUCGCGCCACUACUCCCACGCCACCGACUGCUUUCUCGACUUUUUGGCCGAGGGCGACGAUGGCACCGUCGUCGCUAACCCGGAGCACCAGAGCCGCAUGCGCGCCGUGCUGCGCAAGUACACCGCCGCCCGUAAAGGCAAUAUGCUGCUCAUGCUGCCCUUCACCACCAUCACGGAUUAUCUCUUUGAGCUGCGCGCCAUCGCGGGCCUGCUGAGACCCCUGGGCCCCUCGGCCCUCCUCUACCUCGCCGCCGCCGUCUCCGACUUCUUCCUCCCCCAGGACAGGAUGGCCGAGCACAAGAUCCAGUCCACCAAUGCCACGGACACCUUCUCCGGUUCAGGAGGAGGAGCAGCACCAGCUGCGGUGAGUACCGCCGCCAAGCCCACCGGAAACGGCAACGGCAACGGCUCAACCACCGAAGACGAGGAGGCUUUCGACAACUUCGACUCCACCAAGGUGGCUAAAUCCAAGAGCCUCGUCAUCGAUCUCGACCCCGUGCCCAAAUUCCUCCAAAACCUCGUCGACGGCUGGGCGCCGCAGGGCAUGGUCGUCAGCUUCAAGCUGGAGACGGACCCGGCCAUCCUUGUGCACAAGGCAAAGUACUCGCUCGAGCGGUACCAGCACCACCUGGUCAUUGGCAACCUGCUGUCCACCCGCAAGUGGGAGGUCGUCUUCGUCGCCCCCGGCCAGGCUGACCGGUGGGUCCGCGUGCCGAGCGUCCAGCGCAAGACACCUACCGCUGGUGAUGGGCCGGGGACCUGGGAAGAUAAGCCGCUUGACCCCAGCGCGCUGCCGGAGAGCGACCCCGAGAUGGAGAUUGAGAGCUUGAUUAUUCCUGCUGUGCGGGAUUUGCAUUCGCAGCACAUCGAGUCGCUGCAGAAAUAG